AUGUAUCGUUUUUCAGGUAAAGUAUAUGUUAAAGGAAGUUACCAUCAUCCCGAAUGCCGAGUAGACUACAACUCAAAAGUGGCUGGACAAUCUUUGACUGGGAUAAAGAUAGAGCAUGGAGCUUGUAACAUGAGUCGCCAACGAUUGGUACCUCCCGAAGGCAUGAUUCUCUCCACUGUUCUCGUUAUCAGUUUUCAUCCUUUGUUCAUCACCAAGGCUGACAAGAUGUUCACCGUAAGAUGUGUGUACAAAGAACUGUCACAAACCAUCACUGCCAGGCUACAAGUUAGCAUGCUACCAUCCGAACAAUUACCCACAGGGUCAGCUUCUCCAGUCUGUUCCUACACCAUUAGAAGGGAUUCGCUGGAUGGUGAAAUACUUACAUACGCCAAAGUUGGUGACCAAGUAGUUCAUAGAUGGAACUGCGACACAGAUGAAUUUGGUAUUCUUGUCCACAGCUGUGUAGUAGAAGAUGGACAAGGACAAAAGGAACUCAUCGUUGAUGAGCAAGGGUGCCAUACCGAUCGACUGCUUCUGGGAGAUCCUACCUAUGUGGCUGCUCUUAACAUGGCAUAUCGGGAAGCGUCAAUAUUCAAGUUCGCCGAUCGCAUUUCUGUUCGAUUUCGAUGCGAAAUCCGGCUUUGUCUCAAGUUCGAUGGCGGAUGUGAAGGAAUAACGGCGGUGAUCGAGAAGCGGCCAGUAGCCGAUAUCGAUGCAGACCUACUGUCGCAAACUGUAGUUGUGUUUGAUGAGGACUUCGACUAUGGAAGGGGCCGUUCAGAAGCCCACAACUCCCUAUCGUUUCCUCAGUCGAUAUGCCUCGGUUUCCACACUUUCGCCUGGGCCAGUGCUGCCGUUGUUGCCGGGAUUAUACUAACGCUGUCAGUAGUAGUAAUCCAGUACAAAAGAGUACUGUAUCUCGUAGGUCUUGUCCGUACCCUGAUAGCAUCGGAGUCUUCGGUUGCCUCGGUAAAAGACACUGAUUUAUUUGAUGGCACAAAACAGUUAGCUGAAAUACGGAAUGUUCAGCAUGUGGUCAAGGAUGUACUGGUAGAGGUUGUUCAAGAAGUUCAAGACGAAGUUGUGCUUGCGAUGAUUGUCCAUGCCGAAAACGUACAACGUCCAUGUUCUGAAUGUUCGGCUCCUCCAGUAACGAGACCGCCACCUCGACCUCAGCUGCCACCAUCGCCGCCUCAGAUGCCACUACCACAGAUGAUUCCUCCUGGAAUGUGCUGCCCAUGUUGCAUGCCGAUGUGCCUUCCGACAUGUAUGAUCUAUGGUUGCAUGUGUCCAGUACCAAUUCCGUUCUUCGGAUAA